UCUCACUUCUUAAUCUUAAUUUUAAAUUAGUCUAACAAAGGUCCAUUCAAGAUAGAUGACUCCUGAGAUAAAAAUCAUUACAUAGGUCAGCAAUUGUGCAAUCAUAUGCUUUGAAGUGACAAAGGAUAUGAGUAACUUUAGCACAAGGUUUUGUCGCUAAAUCUUUGCGUCAUACAAAAAAGUGUGCCUCAUAGCUUUUUAUGUAUCUCUUUUAGUUAUUAAGGUACAUUUAUAAAGUUUAAAAUCUUAAUAUGUCUUUCCUUCAUCCUUUAUUUAAACCUUGUGGUCUAUCAUCUUUUCCUGUGGUUUAUAUGUGCUAGUUUCACACAAACUUUGUUUUCUUUUGUUUUGUUCAUUUUUCAUUUUCCACACCUUAACAGUCAACAACAUGCUAGUCAUUCCCACUGUUUAUGAGGAGUUUAUUAUCUUUGUUUAUUAUUAUAAACACCUCUGCUUAUUUAUCUACUGUUAUUUAGUGCAUUCUUUGAAUUACUCUGUAUCUCAGAUUCGCCUUAUGUCAGUGGGUUUUCCCCAGAAACACUUUGAAGAUGAAGAUGGAAACUAAAUGUAAAAGAGAUCAAAAAUCUAGGGCAGGCAGGAAGGCUGUUCUGUGGUGUUGUUUUCACACGCUAAGCACAUGUAAGAGGGAACGUGUGAGGACAACAUGGGUUAUUCUGUCUUGUUUUGGUGUUCCAGUCUUAUAUUUAUAUCUGCCGUUAGUACGUCCAAGUAUAUUUUUAUUAUCAACAGAGCUAGUUUGUGUGUAAAAUUCAAGUUUAAAGACAGACAUCAUAGGUUCUUGUAUAUAAAUUUGUUGAAUUAAUGUGUAUUGUUCUCAUUUUCCAAUGUGACCUGAUGUUAUGUGUCAGCCCUUUUGAGCAAGCUAAUAUACAUCUAUGAUGGCAACAGCAGCAGAGUUCAAAUGGAGGAGAAAUCACUGUUCUGAGUGCGUUAGGAAAGAGACCCAGAAAGGCAUGAAAUGGAUUUCUUCGUCAAGGUCUGGCAGGUGGUCUUUUUACUCCUUUUCAGCGCCAAAUUCUGUGAAUGCUACAGAAUCAGAUGUGUUGGAAAGUUGAUAAUAGACUCAGAUGUCAUCCACAUGGGCUCCAACUUGACUGUAGGCUGCCAAUCAGACACCGAGCACUGUGGCAGACACUUUGCCAUAGACUUCAAUGGACAGACCAUUUUCAAAGCAAUUAAUUGCUCUGUAAUAAAAACACAAAUAGUCAUCAAUCAGCCUAAAUCUUCACUACUCUGCAAGGUGAAGGAGGGAGAUACAUGGCACAGUGUUUGUGGUCGAGAUCUCCAAGCUGGCUACCCUCCAGGUAAGCCGAAAUUCAGCUGCGUCACAUAUCAACAUUCAGAGUUUGUUAACUGCUCUCUGACGGCCACAACUGAGACAUAUUUAUUUACAACCUUCAGAGUGACAUUUCACAACCGUACAUCUCAGUUUCUCCAGUAUGAGAUGAACAAGAACCGUUGUGUCUCUAUUCCACGAUCGCUGUUUGAUGAGAACAUGACAUACAAAGUCCAUAUAAAAGGUCAAAAUGCAUUAGGAGAGUCGCACUCUAAUUUCACCUUCUCAAUUAGGGACAUUGUGAUUCCAAGCACUCCAAAGAUAACACAAGUUGUGUUUGAAAAUGGUGGUCUUUCUCCUACAAUAUAUUGGAAUGGCUCAGACGAUGUGCUAAAACCUAGCCUGAGGUUCAGAACUGCGCAUAAUGACCAAGACUGGGGACUGGGAAGAGUGACGAAGCACCUACCUGGAUGCAUUUUGAUGCAGGAAACCUUAAAACCGCUGAUCCCCUAUCAGUUUGAGCUGAGAGUGUGUGUUAGUUCAACAAACUGCAGCAUGUGGAGUCAUCCCUUCAAUAUAACCAGCCCUGGAAUAGCACCCUCACACAAACUUGAUGUGUGGAGAGUCAUCAACAGGACCAGUACACUUGGACUUCAGAGUGUCACAGUGUUGUGGAAGCACUAUAAACCUGAAAAUUACAGUGGAGAUUUGUUAUAUUACAAGUUAUCUUAUAAAGAAGAAGGCAAGAUCCAUGAACUGAACUGCUCAGCUCAUGUCACCCAUCAGACACUUAAGAUGAGCGUAGCAGAAGUUAACAUCAGUGCUGUGACAUCAGCUGGGUCCUCCCCUCCCACACCUGUGAGCUUGAUAUGUACAGGUAGACCAGCUCCUGUGAUAACAUAUUUAGUUCCAGCAGCAGGGGGCAGUGUGCUUCUAGCAUGGGACUUUUCUCAUUACAGUGAGGUGAAGGGGGGCAUUCUGGGCUUUGUAGUACAGUGGCAACAAAGCCCAGUGCGCUUAGAAUGGAAGAGAUUAGGAAAAGACUGUAAUUUUACAUUGCUACAAGGUAUGCAAUUCGGUGUGCUGUAUAACAUUUCAUUAUAUGCCGAAGAAGCCAGUGGAGUUUCAGAUCCUGCAUAUGGUCAGGUUUAUGCAAGGGAAGACAAGCCUCUAGCCGGUCCAGAUGUAUCAGUUACUACUGUAGGGGAAAAUCAGAUUUUGAUCCAAUGGGACGAGCUUGCCCAAGAAAAACAAAGGGGAUUUAUCACAAACUACACCAUUUACUUCCAGAGACAUAGAGACAAGACACUUAUUCAGAAUCAAAACGUGCCUUACACAUUUCCUAGACGUUUGAGUUGGGAGCUGCAGGGCCCACAGGAAUGUUUCGAUAUUCUGGUCUCUGCAUGGAAUUCUGCGGGUGAAGGGCCUAAAGGAAAACCUGCCACCUACUGCUGCCCCAGCAAACUAUCAUAUCAACCCAGAUCAUACAAGACAACAGGUGGAAUGAUAGCUGGAAUUUGUUUGGCUGCUGCUGUUCCUAUAGUGAUCCUGGCCAACCUGAUGUACCUGAAAUGUGUGCGGCAAAGAAUGAUGAAAAUGUGCAUGUCCAUGGGAGUCUCUUGGAUUUUUGAAAAUUUACCAAAAUUUGAUAACAGCAAUGCUAUAAAACUACUAAAGGAUGACAGUUAUGGCCCUUGGGGACCUCUUCCUGGAGACAGCGAUCCCCCCUUAACUCCCAUUGAGGAAGUCAAUCCAUCUUGGGAGAGGCAAGACUCCUACCCAACUGUUCUUCAUGUCACAGAAACGCCCACGACGGACCUGUUUUGCAUUGAUUCUCCUUAUAAACCUCAAUUACUGACCGCUUCACAGAGAAAUGAAGAACUCUCUGAGACUACAGAGGAAGAGCUAAAGGAGGAGGACCACUUCCCUUUGUUGGUGUCUCCAUCACAUCAUGACUUCAGUUGGGAUUUAACCUCUAUUCCCAUGAUACAUGGGCAUCUUAAUAGCUUUCUAGCUAUGGAUGGAGCGCUCGGAUCCUUGGGCAUUCUUGAGGGCCUUCUCUCUCCCCCUCAGAUAGCUUCCAAAAAGGAUGGAAGAGUGGAAGAGAAUAAGAGGAUUGUGGAAACAGGAGAUGUAGGGAAGAGCACUUUCACAAGUCAAACUAUACUACCCAAUGACCUGGAGAGCUGCCUCAGGGGGUCUGUCUUCAAUUCAAGCCCAUACUCCCCACAAGGGCUUUGCCAUAGUUUUUCAAUUCCAGAAGAGAAUUAGACGAUCUUUUGAACACGUUUUUAAGAGAUAUCUUGGGGGCAAGAGUACUGCUGAACUGAAUAUCAGCAUGGAUGUGAUUCUGCGGUAAACAGAAGCAUAUUCAAGCGCUUGUUCGAGGCCAUCUUGUACAUAAAGCAUUACGUUUGUUUUUUUUAAUUAUUAUUUCACAGUGAUGAUACUCUAUUUUCUGUAUAUUGUCUGCACUUCAUCAAAUGUGUGGCUUUAGUCAGAUGCAUACGAAUCACUUUGUGGUUUCCGCACACUCAAGAAUGUUGUAUGUUGCUUAUCGAUUUAUUAUUAGUAACUUCUUCUUCUUGAAUACUGUUUUGAUACAAAUGAAAAGACGCAUAGCGUUCAUAUUGCACUUUUUUGCCUAAAUAUGGUCUUUUUUUAUUUUGAAUGUGACUUAUACACAAAACAUCAAGACACCUUGUGAAAAAGAAGUGCGCUUAAUUGUUUUGAAUGUGCACUUGUACUGUACUUUAAAUCUUAAAAGUAUUUUUUUUAAAAAAACUAAUAAAAGGCCACUCUAGUAUACUAAAAGAGGGUACACGUUUUAAUGAUUAUGUUUCUUAACACACUUAAGUACACCUAAAAAGUGGACUUCGUAAUAAUGUCAAGUUAAAAGUUUGAUGUACUUAAGUCCUACUUAAGUGGGCCAAAAAAGCACUCUUAAGUUAGGCUAAUUGCAUUAAAUAUAAAUUUAAAUUGUCACUUAGAAUAUUAUUAAGACAGUAAAUUAUUUCCACAGUAAGUACUCUUGUUAAAGGUAUGCUAUAAAGGUGUACUUUUUUAGGGAAGUUCAGAUGAAAGGUCAUCAGAUCAAAUAUUAAUCCUAAAGACAAGUGAUUUAUUCUUAUUAUAUUUUUGAAAAUGUGAAAGGAAAAUGUAAUCGUCUAAGGCAAACAAAAGGAUGAGAGACUACAACAACCAUUGCAAUCACUAGCUGUCUCCAAAACAUUAUGGUGAUUACGUUUUUUUUUUUUUUUUGACAUUCAGCUCAUGUUGAGCUCACAAAGGACUGCUUGAUUCUAUGUUGGCUAGUUUUUAGGAAAAAAGUAAGCAUGAUAUAUGAAAGGAACUAACACAUUUCUGGUAACCUACCGCAACUGCAGGUGUUUCAAAGCUCACUGAGCAGGAACCACACCUUUAUAUUUCUAUGCUAGUUUACAGGAAUGGUGGUAAGUUUGGGGUCUACACUUUGUUCUGUACUCCAGAGGUCUGAUUUUUAUAAUUGUUAAAAAAACAAAACAAAUCGCUGUUAAUGUCUAGAGGAAUUAGCAUUGUAAUCAAUGGAUUUUUUUAAACAAUAAAUUAUUAAAAUGUAUAUACUUAA